AUGACUCGACAUGGGAAGAACUGCACAGCGUCAUCAGUGUAUUCAUAUCAUGAACGACAAAGAGAUGCGAAAGUUAGUGGAUACGGUACGCUGCAUGCACGUCUUGGAGCUGACUCUAUCAAGGGAUUCGAUUGCUGUUCGUUAACUUUGCAGCCCUGCAAGAAUCCAGUAAUUACACAAAAUGGAUUUAUUUUUGACCGCGAAGCAAUUUUGGAAUAUAUAUUAGCGCAGAAGAAAGAUAUUGCUAAACGAACGAAACUAUGGGAAAAGCAGAACGAAAUCGCAGCGGAGGAGCUGAGAAUGUCGCAGAAAUCAGAUCAGCAGAAAAUUGCCAGAAAAUUCGCUGAAGUGGAGGGUACUCCUGCGCAUCCAGGAUAUAAGAUCAACUUAGAAGAAGCUCGGCAAGCUAACUCAACGUCUAACCCUUUGAAACGACCAGGCAGCGCAAUAGUUGUUCAGCCGGCUCAGAAAGUCAAAGCCCUUGGGAGUGAAGGGGAUAUUUCAAAUAUGAAAGGAGAGAGGAGUAAAGAGUUGCCCAGUUUCUGGAUCCCCGAACUUAAUCCAACAGCAAGUGCCUCCAAAGUAGAGAAGCCUUCCCAGAAAGUGUUGUGUCCACUGUCCGGAAAGCCACUAAAGCUUAAAGAUCUCAUGGAAGUCAAAUUCACACCAAUACCGAAGGAUGACGACAAAACCAGUACUAUUGCGUCAAAGGCAGUGCGGUAUAUGUGCGCUGUUACUCAUGAUGCUUUGACAAAUACAACGCGUUGUGCCUACCUGAAGAAGUCGAAAUGUGUUGUUACCUGGGAUGUAGUAGAGAAACUGAUUAAGAAGGAUUGGACGGAUCCAGUCAACGGAGAGUCACUGACAGAGGAUGACAUAAUUGAGCUACAGAGAGGAGGUACUGGCUACGCUGCUACAAACGAUGUGAAGGCAAAACUUAUUCGACCUCAAUUGGAGUUGCAAUGA